GUUGACUAGUCAGGUCGACCGACCAAUCAUCGGUCGUUUGAAGCUCAUCGCGUUUCGGUCACUCUUGCUGACGUAUCUCCGUCGCGCUCUAACCUUAAUCGCUGUUCCGUCGCGCUCGCGAGUUAUCUCACUCUCUCUCUCUCGCGCGCGCGCUUCCUCUCUUUUCCGCACGUCUGACCACCUCCAACUCCCCUGCCGUGCAUCUCCUCUUCCUCCUGCUCCUCCUCCUCCUCCGUCGCCGCCGCUGCCCUCUUCCUGUCGCGUACGUACCGCGCCAUCCGUGUCUUCUUCCUCCCGCUCCUCGCAGCUCUCUCUCCCUCCCGCUAAAAUCGACUACUGUAUCGUCGUCGCGAGGUUUUACGUGCUCCUGUGUGCAUUACGGACGGCUUCAGGCAUCCAGGAUGCAAGCUAUCAAGUGCGUGGUCGUCGGUGACGGAGCGGUGGGUAAAACAUGUUUGCUGAUAAGCUACACCACCAAUGCAUUUCCUGGAGAGUACAUUCCAACGGUGUUUGACAAUUACUCUGCAAAUGUAAUGGUAGACGGAAAGCCAAUUAAUCUCGGCCUGUGGGAUACAGCCGGACAGGAGGAUUAUGACAGACUACGGCCGCUGUCUUAUCCACAGACCGACGUCUUUCUGAUCUGCUUCUCGCUGGUAAACCCGGCGAGUUUCGAAAAUGUACGCGCUAAAUGGUAUCCUGAAGUACGUCAUCAUUGUCCCGCCACUCCAAUCAUUUUGGUCGGCACUAAACUAGAUCUACGCGAAGACAAGGAGACCAUUGAGCGCUUGAAAGACAAGAAAUUAGCACCCAUUACCUAUCCCCAGGGUUUGGCAAUGGCGAAGGAAAUCGGUGCCGUCAAAUACUUGGAAUGCUCUGCUCUGACGCAGAAAGGCUUGAAGACUGUGUUUGACGAGGCGAUACGCGCCGUCCUGUGCCCCGUUCUGCAAGUGAAGCCAAAGCGCAGAUGUUUCCUUCUAUAAUAUUAAAUGUAACCCCUCUAUGCACGUUGGUACCGGAAUGUGUUAAAGUGUCUCAUCGUUUCAUGUCGUACCAAUCGGACGAGUUACCGACAUUUGGAACCCCAGUUGUACCAGCCUACGUCGAGAGUCAACGGGCUGCGAACCAUCUGCCAGCAUCAUAAAACGCACAAACGUUAGUUCGGUGUAAAAAAAUUCCAACGAGCGAGACAAAAGAGGGUUCACAAGAAAUCGCGAAUUCAGAAUAUAAAUUCACUUUUUGUGUGUGGCCUCCAAGCAUCCUGAAGGGAAUUAAAAAUGAGGAGGUUUGUGUUGUCUGCGCGAACGAAGCUUCCAGUCUAGACGGUCUGAUGACACAAUAGGGCUAUAACUGCAAGAAGUUGACUGGAUGUUCUGAGAGGAGCGUAAAAGAAGCCAAAAUAACUGAACUAACUGCUGUACAGUAUACUAGACUACAAAUAUUAAUAUUAUGAUUAAUAAUUAUAUAUGAAUGGUAAAAAAGAAAAAGCAGAUAUUACCAUGUAAUUAUAUAAGCGUCCAAACACACUGUAUACUGAUCAGUUUAAUCAAAGAGGAAAACCAUUUUAUGCUAUUUGCCAUUGUACAUUUUAGGUAGGAGACAUAGAGUUGAUGGACUUAAAAAGAAAAGAAAAAACGCGCGCGCGUAAGUAGUUCUCGUUAUUAUGACAGAUUUCAAUAUGCAUCAAGCUAAAAAUUCAAGGAAAGAGGUAAAAAGAGAAUAUUUUUUAGAGAUGUGCAUAAAAUACGUGGCAAAAACCUGUUUGGACCUAGAUGGAUCUAGAUGUUCAUUAUAGAUGUGAAUAACAGUAUAACUUCAUGCAUACACACUUCUCCAAGUACUUAGAGCAACGCAUGUGCAUUUCUUUUGAUUCAGGAUAUUCGAUACGCAGUAUGUUGCUAAAAGCUUUAAUAUUGCUUUUGCAAAGGGAACCCGUUUAUCCUAUAUGAAAAACACAGAUUUACUGAGUUCGUACGUGAACGUCCUAGAUUUAUUUGCGAAAUUGUAUAUAAAAUCUAAUUGGUGGCGUUAGAUGCGCAAUCGAAUGCCGUUCAAUGUUUAGUGUGCACGUCCGAUAUUUAAAUUCUGUUCGUUCGUAACGCAAUAGUUUAACAAUAGUUUUGCUUCGACGUGAGUUUGUGAUGAUCCUAAAACGAUAGCAAUCAAUAGACGCCGAUUAAAAAAAAA